GAAUUAUCAUCAAUCAGAUCGCGACAAAGGACUUUAUGCGCUCUCUCUCUCUCUCUCUCUCUCUGAACAACCUGAAAUAAAUAUUCUAAUACAUUAUGCGGCCAGUGAUAGAAAAAGGUGCUAAUAAUAAGGUGGAAAAUGAUGAAGCUCUCUUUGUUGCUAAUAAAUUUUGUGCUGAAUGUAGCAUUACUACUGGGAGUUUAUAGCUCCAAUUACUUUAGCAGGGAUGACUUCCCACCUGAUUUUGUUUUCGGUGCAGGUACCUCGGCUUAUCAGGUGGAGGGAGCAGCAAGCGAAGAUGGGAGGACUCCCAGCAUUUGGGACACCUAUGCACAUGCCGGGAGAGCACAUGGUGCCACUGGAGAUGUAGCAUGUGAUGGAUAUCACAAGUAUAAGGAAGAUGUGCAGCUCAUGGUGGACACAGGCCUAGAUGCCUAUAGAUUUUCGAUCUCAUGGUCAAGACUUAUUCCAAAUGGAAGAGGACCUGUCAAUCCAAAGGGUUUGGAAUAUUACAACAAUCUCAUCGAUGAACUAGUUAGCCAUGGAAUUCAACCACAUGUUACAUUACACAAUUAUGAUCUUCCUCAGGCACUUGAAGACGAGUAUGGAGGAUGGGUUAGUCGAGAGAUUGUGAUAGACUUUACUUCUUAUGCGGAGAUGUGCUUCCGAGAGUUUGGAGAUAGGGUUUUUUAUUGGAGCACCAUUAACGAGCCGAAUGUGUAUGUCCUGGGAGGUUAUGAUCAGGGAUUUACACCUCCUCAGCGAUGUUCUCCUCCAUUUGGGGUGUUUCCCUGCUCCAAGGGAAAUUCUUCAUCUGAGCCAUACACAGCUGCCCAUAAUAUCUUGUUGGCACAUGCUUCGGCUGCAAGAUUGUACAUGACAAAGUAUAAGGACAAACAACAUGGAUUCAUAGGGCUCAGCAUCUAUGCUUGGUGGCUAGCUCCUCUGACAGAUACAAAAGAAGAUGCAAUUGCAACUCAACGAGCCAUUGAUUUCCAUGUUGGCUGGUUUCUAGAUCCUUUGGUGUUUGGAGACUAUCCAACUACAAUGAAGCAAAAUGUGGGUUCUAGACUUCCAGCCUUCACAAAUCUUGAAUCCAAACUGGUAAAGGGUUCAUUUGACUUCAUAGGGUUAAUACAUUACAACAACAUGUAUGUCAGAGACAGAUGCAGCAGCCUGAAAAUGGAAUAUAGAGACUACGACUUGGAUGCUGCAAUAGAACUAAUCCGUAAGUUCACUAACCAGCUUUAUUUUACUAAGUUUCCAAUUGCACCCUGGGGUCUGCGAGGAGUGCUGGAGUAUGUCAAGCAAGUUUACGGCAACCCUCCUAUUUACAUUUAUGAGAAUGGUCAGCGGAUGAAACGAAAUUCAACAUUGGAUGACAUAUCAAGGGUGAAAUAUAUGCAUGGAUACAUUGGAGGUGUGCUUGAUGCAUUGAGAAAUGGAUCAAACACGAGAGGGUAUUUUGCAUGGGCUUUCAUGGAUGUGUUCGAGUUAUUGGAUGGCUUUGGAUCAAGCUAUGGCUUGUACUAUGUAGAUUUGGAUGAUCCGGAUCUGAGAAGAUACCCCAAGCUAUCUGCAAAAUGGUACUCGCAGUUUUUGAAGGGAGAAAGCAUCAGCCUAGAUGGAGUAAUUGAACUUAAGAAGAAUCUCUCAACUCCUUCUCAUGCUCACCUUCAGUAAUUUCUUUACGUAUAUCUAAUAUGGUACACUGGUAGUGGUGUUGGGUGCAAAUGCUCGUACCAGUUGUGUACUUGUCUUGCUUAUGAGGGUAAGAUUAUUAAACAAUUAUUUAACAGAUGGGCAGAAUGCUACUCUCCCUUCUCAUAUCUUCUGUUUCAGUAAGCAAACAUUCACUUGUAUGAAGAACAUGAUAGAAAGAUUAUUCAAAAGACUUGUUCUUUUUCUUC